GGCCAGCUGUCAAUCAUGCGGCCAGUGACCAAUCAGGUCGAGCCUAACAUCCUUGACCCCGCCCCCGCCCCAUUACUUACUUCCAGCGGAGCAGCAGGACCGUCAUCGGACUGCUCUCCUCCUUUUCUGCUGCUCCCCUGCGUGCUUGUGCCCCGGACUCAGAGCUCCCUCCUCGGCGUGGACAUGGACGGAGGGUCGGUGCUGGCUGCGGCUCUGCUGUACUGGAGCUGCGGCGUGUGCGUGGUUUCAGCUCUCCACCGGACUGACCUGGUCUCUUAUGGAGCUUUAAGUGGAGAUUUAAUUCUAGCAGAAGGCGACGAUGAGACAUCCCGAGUGCUCACACUGCCCAGACCCCUGUACUUCUAUGACACCCCCUUCCAUCAGCUGUAUGUGGCCACCAAUGGCAUCAUUUCAGCUCAGGACCUACCAAUGGAAAAGCAAUACGUUGAUGAUGGAUUCCCAACGGAUUUCCCAGUUGUGGCUCCAUUUUUGGCUGACAUCGACACCAGUGGAGGCCGAGGGCACAUUUAUUAUCGAGUGACGGAAACACCCAGUGUACUCAACAGAGUAGCCCAGGAGGUACGUCGCGGGUUCCCCGAUGCAAAGUUUGCACCCACACAUGCUGUCGUAGCAACAUGGGAGAAUGUCGCUGCUUAUGAAGACCAAACUCAAGGCACUGAGCUUUCAAACAAGGUCAACACGUUCCAAGCGGUGAUUGGUUACGAUGAGACAGACUCGUACACUCUCUUCCUUUACCCCGAAGAUGGUCUGAACUUUUUCGGGACACAACCGAAGGAACUGUAUAAUGUUAAGAUUGAGCUUCCUGCCAGAGUUGGCUUCAGUAGAGGAGAAGUUACGUUCUUCAUAUUCUCCCGAUCUGAGGGACCCUUCUACAGCGUUACCACAGAUGAGAAGAGUGUUAAAGGUUGGUAAUACCGGGAUUCCAGGUGUUUGGCUCUUCCACACUGGGAACAGACAUUCUUUUGAAAACAUCAUUCCUGCAGCCAUUGGUGGUCUCCUUUCUACCCUACCUCCUGAAGGACAUGCCCUCUCCCCGGACACCACCACCCCUGAGUAUGGGGAUUAUCCAGAUAACACCUUUGAGUCAGAGAGUCCAGAGGAGGUAGACGGCUACACCGCAACGGGUAAAGACCUUGAGUUUCAGCCUGUGCCUGAUGGUGGCGACUCUGGUUCACUCCAGCCUGGAAGUCCAGGCUCUACUCCUCCUUCGUCAGAGGAUUCUGAUCACCAGGUCACGUACAAUGGAGAAGAAGGAGAGGAGGGGCAGUACGUUCCUCCAAAUCACCCAGAACGACGGGCUCAGCAGCUCCAGGAACAGAAACCACAGCUUCCUCUAGAGGUGGUGGAAGUGAACCCUUCUCCUGAAAACGAACCCCCCCUGUCCCCUGGGGGCUACGUGGUCAGUGUGGAUGAAGAGGAUGUUGACUUUGACACUGGAGUGAUUCAGUACACUACUGAGAACAAGGAAACGUGUGCCAGAUUCCAACAACAAUGCUCCCAGAAUGCUAUUUGCUCAGACUACGCCACGGGGUUUUGCUGUCACUGUCGUCCUGGCUUCUAUGGAAAUGGUCGCCAAUGUCUGCCUGAUGGUGCUCCUCAGCGCGUCAGCGGGAAGGUGAGUGGUACGGUGACAGUAGGAUCGUUUCCGAUUGUGCUUGACAACAUCGACCUUCACGCCUACAUCGUGGUUGGAGAUGGACGAGCAUACACGGCCAUCAGUCAGGUACCUGAACCAGUGGGCUGGGCCCUGAUGCCAGUGUCACCAGUAGGAGAACUUUUCGGAUGGCUGUUUGCCCUGGAGCUGCCCAAUAGCCAAGCAGGAUUUAAAACCACAGGUGCUGAGUUCACAAGACAUGCUGAAGUGCUGUUCAACCCUGGAAAUCAGCGGCUGUCUAUCAUACAAACGGGCAGCGGCCUAGACGAGCACAACCACCUGAGGGUGGAAACCAUCGUCAGUGGCCACGUGCCAUUGCUCCACCUGGAGCCGAACAAAGAAACCUACCAGUACUACCCCUCGGUUAUCACUUCCUCUUCUGUGAGGGAGUUUGUGGUUGUUUCAGCUGAGCGAGGCUCCCAGUCCUACACCUUCCACCUGAAACAGAACAUCACCUAUCGGGACUGUCGCCAUGACAACCGUGCCACCCCUGAAACCUUGCAAAUCACCAUGGAGAGAGUUUUCGUGAUGUAUGUCAAGGAAGAGCGGAUCCUGAGAUAUGCCAUCACCAACAAGAUCAGUCCAGUUGGAGCUGGUUCAGAUGAUGAACUGCUCAAUCCUUGUUAUGUUGGGAACCACGACUGUGACACCACAGCCCAGUGCAUCCCACUGGAGGGCCAGGCCUUCAUGUGUCAAUGUGCUACUGGUUAUACAGGAGAUGGACACAACUGUUACGACAUCGACGAGUGUGCUGAAGGGUCAGAUUUAUGUGGCGAUCACUCCCAGUGUUUGAAUCUUCCUGGUAGCCACCGCUGCCAGUGCUGGGAAGGGUUUGAGAUGGCUUUCGACGGACGUAACUGUGUUGACAUCGAUGAGUGCAGCUCUUCCCCAUGCCACAUCAACGCCAGAUGUAUCAAUGACCUGGGAUCCUUUCGCUGUCAUUGCCAGCCUGGAUUUCAUGGAGACGGUUUCUACUGCGCCCUGCAGGAAGGUCGCCCAAAGAGCCAGUGUGAGCAACACAGGGACAGUCUGCAGAGCGGAGGACAUGGUGUUGGAGCUCACAUCCCUCAGUGUGACUCUGACGGACGGUACCGAUCCCUUCAGUGCCACGGUUCUACCGGAUAUUGUUGGUGUGUGGACGACAGAGGACAGGAGAGACCAGGCACCAGGACUUCACCUGGUACAACUCCUAAAGAUUGUGACAAACCAGACGACCCUCAGCGUCCCAAGACUCACUGUGAGCACCACAGAGACAGUAUUCAGACCACCAGUCCAGAUGGACGUCCUUUGCUAGGAGCUUAUGCUCCUCAGUGUGAUGAACAUGGACACUAUAAACCACAACAGUGCCUUGGUUCGACUGGGUAUUGUUGGUGCGUGGACAGUAGAGGACAGGAGAGACCGGGAACCCGGACUGCACCUGGUACACCACAUGUGGACUGUGAUAAACCCGACCGCCCAAAGACUCACUGUGAGCGCCACAGAGACAGUGUUCAGACCACCAGUCCAGAUGGACAUCCUCUACUAGGAGCUUAUGUUCCUCAGUGUGAUGAACAUGGACACUAUCAACCACAGCAGUGCCACGGUUCUACUGGUCAUUGUUGGUGUGUGGACGAUAAAGGACAGGAGAGACCAGGAACCAGGACUCCACCUGGUACACCACAUGUAGACUGCAGAAGGCCAGAGCGUCCAAAGACUCACUGUGAGUUGCACAGAGACCGUGUUCAGCACACUGGUCCAGAUGGACAUCCUAUAGUUGGGGCGCAUAUUCCUCAGUGUGAUGAGCAUGGACACUAUCAACCACAACAGUGCCACGGUUCUACUGGUCAUUGUUGGUGUGUGGACGAUAAGGGACAGGAGAGACCAGGAACCAGGACUCCACCUGGUACACCACAUGUAGACUGCAGAAGGCCAGAGCGUCCAAAGACUCACUGUGAAUUGCACAGAGACCGUGUUCAACACACUGGUCCAGAUGGACAUCCCAUAGUUGGGGCGUAUAUUCCUCAGUGUGACGAACAUGGACACUAUCAAUCGCAACAGUGCCACGGUUCUACUGGUCAUUGUUGGUGUGUGGAUGAUAAGGGACAGGAGAGACCAGGAACCAGGACUCCACCUGGUACACCACAUGUAGACUGCAGAAGGCCAGAUGACCCUCAGCGCCCAAAGACUCACUGUGAGCACCACAGAGACAGUGUUCAGACCACCAGUCCAGAUGGACAUCCUCUAGUAGGAGCUUAUGUUCCUCAGUGUGAUGAACAUGGACACUAUAAAGCACAGCAGUGCCACGGUUCUACUGGUCAUUGUUGGUGUGUGGACGAUAAGGGACAGGAGAGACCAGGAACCAGGACUCCUCCUGGUACACCACAUGUAGACUGCAGAAGACCAAAGCGUCCAAAGACUCACUGUGAAUUGCACAGAGACCGUGUUCAGCAAACUGGUCCAGAUGGACAUCCCAUAGUUGGGGCGCACAUUCCUCAGUGUGAUGAGCAUGGACACUAUCAACCGCAACAGUGCCACGGUUCCACUGGUCAUUGUUGGUGUGUGGAUGAUAAGGGACAGGAGAGACCAGGAACCAGGACUUCGCCUGGUACACCACAUGUAGACUGCAGAAGGCCAGAGCGUCCAAAGACUCACUGUGAGUUGCACAGAGACCGUGUUCAGCACACUGGUCCAGAUGGACAUCCCAUAGUUGGGGCGCAUAUUCCUCAGUGUGAUGAGCAUGGACACUAUCAACCGCAACAGUGUCACGGUUCUACUGGUCAUUGUUGGUGUGUGGACGAUAGGGGACAGGAGAGACCAGGAACCAGGACUCCACCUGGUACACCACAUGUAGACUGCAGAAGGCCAGAGCAUCCAAAGACUCACUGUGAACAGCACAGAGACCGUGUUCAAGUCACCAGUCCAGGAGGACAUCCUAUAGAGGGGGCAUACGUUCCUCAGUGUGAUGAACAUGGACAUUAUCAACCACAACAGUGCCAUGGUUCUACAGGACAUUGUUGGUGUGUGGACGAUAGGGGACAGGAGAGACCAGGAACCAGGACUCCACCUGGUACACCACGUGUAGACUGCAGAAGGCCAGAGCGUCCAAAGACUCACUGUGAAUUGCACAGAGACCGUGUUCAGCACACUGGUCCAGAUGGACAUCCCAUAGUUGGGGCGCAUAUUCCUCAGUGUGAUGAGCAUGGACACUAUCAACCACAACAGUGCCACGGUUCCACUGGUCAUUGUUGGUGUGUGGACGAUAAGGGACAUGAGAGACCAGGAACCAGGACUCCACCUGGUACACCACAUGUAGACUGCAGAAGGCCAGAUCGUCCAAAGACUCACUGUGAGUUGCACAGAGACCGUGUUCAGCACACUGGUCCAGAUGGACAUCCCAUAGUUGGGGCGCAUAUUCCUCAGUGUGAUGAGCAUGGACACUAUCAACCCCAACAGUGUCACGGUUCUACUGGUCAUUGUUGGUGUGUGGACGAUAAGGGACAGGAGAGACCAGGAACCAGGACUCCACCUGGUACACCACAUGUAGACUGCAGAAGGCCAGAGCAUCCAAAGACUCACUGUGAACAGCACAGAGACCGUGUUCAAGUCACCAGUCCAGGAGGACAUCCUAUAGAGGGGGCAUACGUUCCUCAGUGUGAUGAACAUGGACAUUAUCAACCACAACAGUGCCAUGGUUCUACAGGACACUGUUGGUGUGUGGACGAUAGGGGACAGGAGAGACCAGGAACCAGGACUCCACCUGGUACACCACGUGUAGACUGCAGAAGGCCAGAGCGUCCAAAGACUCACUGUGAAUUGCACAGAGACCGUGUUCAGCACACUGGUCCAGAUGGACAUCCCAUAGUUGGGGCGCAUAUUCCUCAGUGUGAUGAGCAUGGACACUAUCAACCCCAACAGUGUCAUGGUUCCACUGGUCAUUGUUGGUGUGUGGACGAUAAGGGACAGGAGAGACCAGGAACCAGGACUCCACCUGGUACACCACAUGUAGACUGCAGAAGGCCAGAGCAUCCAAAGACUCACUGUGAACAGCACAGAGACCGUGUUCAAGUCACCAGUCCAGGAGGACAUCCUAUAGAGGGGACAUACGUUCCUCAGUGUGAUGAACAUGGACAUUAUCAACCACAACAGUGCCAUGGUUCUACAGGACACUGUUGGUGUGUGGACGAUAGGGGGCAGGAGAGACCAGGAACCAGGACUCCACCUGGUACAUCACGUGUAGACUGCAGCAGAUCAGAGCGUCCCAAAACGUCCUGUGAGCAGCACAAGGAACGGGCAGAGGCGACCAGUUCGGAGGGAUACCCCAUAGCUGGAGCUUAUGUGCCCCAGUGUGAUGCUAAAGGACAGUACAUACCACUACAGUGCUUUGGGUCCACUGGGCAUUGUUGGUGUGUUGAUCCGAGUGGACAGGAGAGACCAGGGACAAGGACCCCACCUGGCACACCUCCGAAGGACUGUGCCAAACCAGGCCGCCCUAAGACCCCCUGUGAGCAGCACAGAGACAGAGUUCAGGCCACUACUCGAGAGGGUUACCCCGUUGUAGGAGGGUAUGAACCGCGCUGUGAUGCAGAAGGACAGUACUUACCUCAACAGUGCCAUGGCUCCAAUGGACACUGUUGGUGUGUGGACAGCAGUGGACAGGAGAGACCAGGAACCAGGACUCCACCUGGUACACCACCAAAAGACUGUAGUAAACCAGCUUCUACCAGUCGUCCUGAGAGCGUGUGUGAGCGAUGGAGGGCCAGUUUGAUGGAGCAUUACGGCGGGAAACCAGACCCACAGCAGUAUUUACCUCAGUGUGAGCCUGCUGGAGAGUUCAGUCCAGUCCAGUGUUACGGACACACCACCUACUGUUGGUGUGUAGACGAGAAUGGACGAGAGGUUCCUGGUACUCGGUCACAUGACGUUGUAAAACCUGCGUGCCUCCCGUCAGUGACUCCGCCCACAGCUCGUCCUUUGCCCCGCCCAAAUGUGACACCUCCGCCCAAUGCAGAUGUCACACUUCUGUAUGCUCAGGGACAGAAAAUAGGAGCCCUGCCGCUUAAUGGGACAAGACUGGACUCUUCCCGGUCCAGAACGCUGCUGACUCUACAUGGGUCCAUAGUGGUUGGUAUCGCCUACGACUGCAAAGAGAAUCAAGUCUAUUGGACGGAUCUGUCUGCAAGGACCAUUAACAGAGCUUCGAUGGUCUCUGGAGCUGAGCCUGAGAUACUCAUCAACUCAAAUCUCGUCAGUCCAGAAGGUUUGGCCGUAGACGUUAAGCGCAGGCUGAUGUUCUGGGUCGACUCCUCCCCCGAUGUGAUUGAAAGCGCCAACUUGGACGGCAGCAGGAGGCGAAUCCUGUUCGACACCGACCUAGUCAAUCCCAGAGCCAUCAUCGUGGUUUCAUCCACUGGUACUCUGUACUGGACCGACUGGAACAGAGAGGCCCCGAAGAUCGAGAGUUCAUCUGUGGACGGCCUGAACCGCAGGGUGGUGGUUUCUGAUGGCGUUGGUUUACCAAAUGCUCUCACAUACGACUCUUCCUCUGGACAAGUCUGCUGGGCUGAUGCAGGAACAAAGCGUCUGGAGUGCAUAUCUCCAAACGGCUCUGGUCGGAGAGUGAUCCACCCCACCCUCAACUACCCCUUCAGUAUGGUCUACUACAGGAAUCACUUCUAUUACACAGACUGGAGGAGGGAUGGUGUGAUCGCAGUGAGCAAAGACAGCAGUAAGUUCACAGAUGAAUACCUGCCCGAGCAGCGGUCACACCUGUAUGGCGUCACCAUAGCAACCACCUACUGUCUACCGGGGAACCACUAACGACGGACCAGAAGCCACAAGGUCCUUUGGUGCUAACAGAUCUGGGGGCGGGUUCCUGGACAGGAGGCGGCGUCCCUCAGGGCAGUGCGGGGGUGACUCACCGAAGGGAGCAAGAAACCAGCAAUCAGAGCCAAACGUUCAAAGCAUAACCCAAAGUUUUGUAAAUUUGUUUCAUACCUCAUUUUUAGUUGUUUUGUUUUUCUUUUCUACUGUGUUUUUGUAUUUUGUGAGUUAUUUUGUUUCCUGUUUGAAGAAAAAAAAGUCAACAAAGCUUUUUUAUGUAAAACUUGAGCGUCAGGGUUUUAUUAUUUUUUACUGAGCAUUUAGAGGAUAUGUUUAUGUAUGGCCCUGAGAUGAAGAAGCAUUUCGACCCUACACAGCUAGUACCAGGCCAGAGCCGCGAGGCUCACAUCUGCCCUACAGGUGUCCAUGUUACUGGUAGCACAUGGUUACAUAGACCUCCAUCACUGCCAUAGAUUUUAUUUUGAUAACCAAAUAUUAGUGAAGUCCUGACUUUAACCUUUGCUCUGAUGUGUAUUUCUCACCUGGAGAAAAGAUAACUUGUUUGAGCUAAAUAUGUUUUAAUACAGAUCAGAUCUCUUAACUGUUAAUGAGACGUGAUAUUUAUAAUAAAAUGUGAUUGGAUUUUU